UUCUAUCAUUCUUGUCGGCAAACGUCUUUCUAUCACUCUUGGGCGCAAUCUUCUUUCUAUCAUUCUUGGGUGUGCAGCAUGAUUAAUUAAUCAAUUAAUAAUUGAAUCAUGAGUUCUAACAUAAUGUGAAACGUGACAACUUUUGGAGUGUAGUCUUCCUUAUUUCUGUUUCUAGUCCUGCGUUUUGCUUACCCCUGGAAGGAAUAUAUAUCCGAGGGACUUGACUGAUUCUCUCAGAAGGCGAGGAGUACUUAUCACAGAAAACUUGUUAAAAGAAAAUCUUCUAACAUCUCAACCCACAAUGUCGAUGCCAAUGAGUAAUGUAGAUAAGGGCGGAUAUGUGCCGGCAGGAUUUGGAGCGGGGUACCCAUCAGGAGGGCCUGCCCCUAAUAUGCCGCAAGGGGAAGCCUAUGGGCCCUCAGCACCGGGUGCAUAUGGUUUUACUCCUGGCCCACCACAGGGCGGCGGCUAUGCGCCCGUACCACAAAUGCCUGCCUACGGUGAAGUUCCUCCAAAUAUUGGUGGUCCACAACCUCCAUAUGGUGGUAUGGCUCAACCACAGCCACUGUACAAUGGUGGCGGUGGCUUUCAACCUUCGCCUGGAUUUGGCCCACAAGGUCCAGUAGUUACGCAACCGGGAAUGCCGCCACCAGGACAACCUGGACAACCAAUGAUGCAACCACCACAAGCAAAGGGACCGGCAGGCGAUUGGAUGAGUAUGCCAGCCGGCAUACCGAAUUGUCCGCGCGGCUUGGAAUACCUUACGAUGGUCGACCAGCUUUUGGUUAAACAAAAAGUCGAAUUACUCGAAGCUUUCACCGGUUUCGAGACCAAUAAUAAAUUCUCAAUAAAAAAUGCGCUCGGUCAAAAAGUCUAUUUCGCUGUAGAAGACAGCGAUUCUUGUACGCGUAAUAUAUGUGGUUCAUCUCGUCCAUUUGAUAUGAAAGUAUUCGAUAAUUGCCGUAAUGAAGUCAUCCAUAUGAACCGACCAUUAGCCUGUUCGGCGUGUUGCUUCCCAUGCUGCCUACAAACAAUGGAGGUAUCCUCACCACCUGGCUGUGUAGUUGGCACCAUCGAACAAGAAUGGUCCUUAUGUUCGCCCUCAUUUCGUAUAAAAAAUCAUAGUGGUGACACAAUGCUACGCAUCGAGGGACCCUUCUGUACCUUUUCAAUGUGUGGCGAUGUACAAUUCAAUAUUGUUUCCUUAACUGGGGAGUCUGUGGGAAAGAUCGUAAAGCAAUGGUCUGGUUUAGCACAAGAAUUAUUUACUGAUGCUGAUUUCUUUGGUAUUACCUUUCCGCUGGAUUUGGAUGUGCGCAUAAAAGCUGUGCUAUUGGGCGCUACUUUUCUUAUUGACGCCAUGUUCUUUGAAGGAGAAGGAAAUUGAGAAACUGAUCGACCAGGCAUGUUUUAAUGAGAUUCACAUACAACACCGGUAAAAAUA